UUUUUGUAUAUAGUAUCGUGUCCUCUGCAAAUAGCGUUCUACUUCUUCCUUACCAGUUUGGAUGCCUUUUAUUUCUUUUUCUUGUCCGCUGCUGUGGCCACAACUUCUAGUACUAUGUUGAAUAACAGUGAUGAGAGUGGGCAUCCUUAUCUUAUUCCUGACCUUAGGGGAACAGCUGUCAGUUUUCCCCCGCUGAGUAUAAUGUUUGCUGCAAGGUUUUCAUAUGAUGCCUUUUAUUGCUCCUCUGUAGUUUGUAUUCUUUUUCUAUUGCGGUUUUAUUUCUGUAUAAUAGCUCUCAAAUAUUAAGGAUGUUAAUUCUUUCCUUUUAUUUUUACAGAUUUAUCACUAGUUUUUUGUUUUUGAAUUUUCGAUAGUAUUUUAUAAUGGGCAAUCUGUCUGAAAUUUAAUUGUUUUUGUUAUUAUUUCCCAAAUGGUUAUGUAGUUGUCCCUGAACAAAUAAAAUGAUUUGUUUCAUGUAGCUGAAGGUAACAUUCUUUCAUCCUUUAUUCCAGUUAAGCUCCAGUUCCGUCCAGGGGUUCCUGCCUCAGCAGGGAUUUCCAGCAGCCUGUGGGGUGGAAAGUUAGGAUGGCCGGCAGCCCAAGGCCAAGGGGACUGCAGCUCUGUCCAAGGAAAGGCCAGCAGGAGCACACGCAUCCUCUAGUGACUCUCAAGGCAGCACAGAUAGAAUGAGUGGGUUCCGGGGUGGCUGAGCCCUUCUGAGAGGCUGUCCGGGGGCUACUCCAAGCCCCGUCACCAGCAGGUGGAGUGGGCGUUGUUACAGACGCCAAGCCAUUUAGAGCAGCAGUGAGUGACUGAGCCGGCAUCUCCCGAGCAAAUCUGUUUGACCGUGAACCCACACUGCUCCCUGCACAGAUUGCCGCUGCUGCUUUCUUAGGUCAGUGGAGCUGUGAAGUCACCUGUGGCCCCUGCUCUGUGUGUGCCAUGGCAGAGGUGCCACCAAUGAGGAGUCAGAAAUGUGAGUUCCCACUGUGGCAAUGCCACUAGUGAGUUUCAUCUAACCCUUACUAACCCUCUGAUUUUUUCACCUGUAAGAUGGGAAAAAACAUUUAACAACUUUAAAUCUCUAUUGUAAGUAUCAAAUGAUAUCACGUAUUUAUUGAUAUACCCAAAUCUGCAUGUUAAUAUGUAGAAAAAUGAUUUUUAAACUGUACAUUGGUGUACAGAUGGCUAUGAUUUGCUCUAAUGGUGCUGAAUGUUAUAGGGAUUAUGGAAGAGAUCAAGACCGUUCUUGGUUUAUAAAAGUUUAUGUUGAAGAAAUAAGAUGGGAUUUAAUCACAGUCUUAUUUGGUAGACUCUUUGGUAGAAUGGGUAGAUUCUUUUCUGUUAAAAAAAAUUUUUUUUUUCAUGUGUAUUUAUUUUUGAGAGAGACAGAGACAGAAUGUGAGUGGGUUAGGGGCAGAGAGAGAGGGAGAGAGACACACAGAAUCCCAAGCAGGCCUCAGGCUCCGAGCUGUCAGCACAGAGCCUGACGUGGGGCUCGAACCCACAGACCGCGAGAUCCUGACCUGAGCCGAAGUCGGACGCACAACCGACUGAGCCCCCCAGGGGCCCCUCUUUUUUGUUUUUUUAAAAAUUUUAUGUCUUUAAUUCUCAUGAAAAUGUAAAUAUUUUACUCGAAGUAGCGCUUCUUUCUCUUAAAAGUGUUUUUUAUUCAAGUGUAACUGACAUACGUUGCCAGAUUAGUUUCGGGUGUGCAAUAGAGUGAUUCGGCACUUCUGUACUUUUCUCAGUGCUCGUCCCAAGUGUGCUCUUGAUCCUCUGCCUGUCACACGUCGCCCACCCACCUCCCCUCUGGUGACCAGUGGUUUGUUCUCCGUAUUUAGGAGUCUGUUUUUUCGGUCUGUUUUUUCCUUUGUUUUGUUUCUCAAAUUCCGCAGAUGAGUGAGAUCAUACGGUAUUUGUCUUUCCCACACUGACUUAUCUUACUUAGUAUUGUGCUCUCUGGGUCCACCCGUGUCAUUGCACGUGGCAAGAUCUCAUUCUUUUUUUAAUGGCUGAGUAAUAGUCCUGUGUGUGUGUGUGUGUGUGUGUGUCUGUCUCCCACAUCUUCUUUAUCCAGUCAGUGGGUGAAUUCUUAAGAUUUUGAAACAUUUGUAAUGUUUAAUAUAUUCUUUCAUCUGUUUCUUAAGAUUUCUUUAUGCUUUGGGGAAGCAGUGGAAGGAGCUACAUGGUAAUUUGACUUCAUCCACUUGGGACACUUUCUUUCCUGACCAACUAUAUGCCGGCCACUGUGCUAGGGACUGGGUACUUCAAAAUGAUAAAACCCAAAAAGCAAAUUGUGGUAACUUUGAAACAUUUUGCUAUUUUUUUAUAUGAAACUGCCUGCUGUGUCUUGGCAAUUGCAAGAAUAAUAAAUAAAGUUUAUGAAUUGGGGAAGAACGUGCAUUAAUAUAUUCAAAAUGUUUUUAUUUUUUCCAAAUACUGCACAAUUUUCAAGCCUUUAAAAAUCACCUCUUAUUUGUUAUAAGAAAGAACGUUCGUUAUAUGGGAGAUCAUGGAGUGUGAGUCCUCUGACUGUACUUUGAGAACUUUGUCACUUAUACUUCCCCCCUAGCCUGGUAUCUUGGCCUUAUACAUGGUAGAAUAAGGGUUUCUAGUCAGGUCCUGGAAACACCCGUGCAUCUGAGCCAGCAUCACACAGCAGGAGGAUUGCCGCCCAGGGGCCUGACCCCAGCCCUGCAUUCUGCCUCUGCAGGGGUGACCUGGUCAGGGUUGUGAAACGGUUGAAUAGAUCCAAGGUGGGCAGUAGGAGAUAUAGAUUCAUAUUACACUUCACCACCAAUUUGCUUGGAAAAUUUGGAAAACGAUUUAGUAUCUCAGUUAUCGGUAACAGUAAUCAGUCUCAGUGGUAACUUUCUGAAUCCUCCUCAGUGCUAGCGCUGGGCCCACGUGUUGCAGACCACGCUGUCCCAGACCGCCUCUGUGAGGCGUGGUUCUGUCCAUCUCUGGCGGUGGAAGCAGAUUCCGCAAGGCGGAGCGAGGUCUGUCGAGUAGGAAGAGGGGGACUUGCAUCAAGGUCUGUUUAAUCUGGAAGCCCCGGGGAGGAGUGAGCUGUUGUGUGUACAGAACCUUCGGGACUUUGAGUAAUCCCUUCUUUUUCCUGGGGGUGUGGUGUGGGAGGUGAGUAAGCGGGUGUGGCAUACUGUGUGUGUGAUCACACUCAUCAUGGUGAGUAGACAGACUGUCGUCUGUGUAACGCAUCAACCCCUCUGUUGUCUUCUGCGUCCCUGCGUUUUCAGAUUGAGGAUGGAAGAGCCACAGGGGUUUUUCUCCACUGGUGACGGCUGCGUCGGUGACACGGUCACAGAAAGGUGCCUGGUCGAAUCUAAGGAGCCCGUGUCCCAUGUUCAGCUUGCUUGUGGCCUGUGGUUCUGCGCUUUCCCUUUAGAUGGGAACGAACUUUGCGUGUGGAGCACCAAGGACCCUUCUUACCAGCCUCUAAUCCUAAGAGGACACCGUCAGCCGAUCACUGCUGUGACAUUUGGAAAUACAGUGAGUCCGCUUCUCAUCUGUUCCGCAUCACAGGAUUAUGUUAUGUUGUGGAGUCUGGAUGAGUGCAGACAGAAAGUGCUUCUAGCCUCCCCGCUCCUGAGUCUCCUCGUGGAUGAAAAGAGCAAGCAGUUGGUGGCGGGAUGUGCAGACGGGCAGCUUUGGGUCUUCAGUUUGCUUGAAAGACAUCAUUAUCGUUGUGUGACCCGAGUUGACCUGAAGAAGAAGAGAGAGACUUUCUCCAGGAGGGUCGAGUCCAGGUUGUGCAGCCUGCCAGAGGAGAAUCGGCGUCCCCGUGCACACGGCCUGGAGAAAGGAGAGGACAUGGAAGGAAGCCUGCCUGUCCUGUCCCUGGCUCCCUGUGACCUUUCGCUCCUGCUCAGUUCUGAGUGUGGAUGCCUGCCUUCCGAGAGUGCCCCGUGCCUGUGGGUUGGAAGCUCCGCUGGCUUACUCAUACUUAACUUGGCGAACUUCGAAUUGGAAGGCGUUUUACGUUACAAGGAUUUCAGGAGCCUCGGCAUUCAGGUUGCCGGAUCGUGCGCAAUGAUGAGCAAGGCCGGCGGGCAAAAGGCCAUCUGCUUACUGACAUCCAUGUUUGGCUGUCAGAUCGCCGUGUUGGAAAUCCGUCUCGCGGCUCUGAUGCGGUCUCAGCAAGAUCUCGGCGCCGGAAGGAGCCUGUCGGUGCUGCCUCGUGGCUGUGUCCUGUCCACGUCUCCGCUGCACUUCAGAAUUGCUGAGGAGCACAGGACCCCACCGGCGCCUCAGCGACGGUCCGCGGUACGGAGCACCGUUCAGGACCAGCCUCUGGUUUUCCACAGCAAAGUGAGGUCAUCUGGGUAUGCGACCGCCCCACACGUCACUAUGUUUUCACCCAAGACCAACACCAGGAAUAACGGCGACAGCCCUUCACGCCGCAGGAGCAGUCACAGGUGUAAGGAGUACCCUCUGGAGAGUUCUCCGCCAACCAGACUCCACAAGCAGCGUGUCCUUGCCCACGGGCCAGCCGCCGCGCUCUGUGUCCAGUUCUCGGGUACGCCGAGUCCGGGGGCCACCUUCACCGCGUGUGCGAGGGUCUCUUCCCUGCCGCUGCUUCCCUGGAAACGGAGUUCAAAGUCUUGGUUACUUGAAGUUGUCUGGCGUGCCGGGGUCUGGACGAAAGCCAGCGGCACCUGGAAUGGGGGCGGUGGCCCUAGUGCCGGCCACUGCUGGGGUGCAGGAGCCUUGGGUAGGGGCUCCCCCCGCUCCCUCCACCGGCUCCUCUUGGGGGGUUUGCAGAAGUGGGGAGCCGCUCUCGCCCAGGCGGCUCUCCUCUUUGAGGCCUUUUUUCAGAAGCACAUGUCGCACUUCUCUUACUCUUUUUAUGCAGGAGAUGGGCGGUGGCUGGCCUGUGGCUUAGCCAACCACUUGUCGCUGGUCUUCCGUGCUGAUCUAACUGGGACACCUGCUGUCUUCUCAGGUCACGACGGGGCAGUGAGCACCGUGUGCUGGAGUCAUGACGGCCGGUGGCUGCUGUCCGCUUCCCUGGAUGGGACGCCGAGGGUGUGGUCGCUGCGUAGGGCGGAGCUCGUGCUGUGUGUGGGCAGAGACCUGUUCCCGAAGCCCAUCCAGUCCGCCCAGUUUUACUACCUAGACGCUUUUAUAUUGUGUUCUUCUGGCCCUGAACUUCAGCUCCUGAAGUGUCACAUUGACACGAGCAAGGAUGAGAUAAGAAGGUACAAACAAAAGAGCAGGUGCAGGCCCGUUUUCAGGCUCCCCACAGCUGGCCCAACAGAGAUCACCAGCCUGUCUGCCGUGAACGACUUUUAUUCCUACCUGGUGCUCACUGCGGGCCGGGACAAGACCGUGGAGGUGUUCAACCUCAAUGCGGGCCGCAGUGCAGCCGUGAUAGCGGAAGCCCAUUCACGGCCUGUGCACCAAAUCUGUCAGAAUAAGGGAUCAUCAUUCACGACCCAACAAUAUCAGGUUUAUAACCUUUUUGCCACCACAGCCACUGGCGAUGGGAUAAAGCUGUGGGACUUGAGAACCCUGAGAUGUGAGCGCCGUUUUGAAGGACAUCCAAACCACGGAUACCCAUGUGGAAUUGCUUUUAGCCCUUGUGGACGCUACGUGGCUUCUGGUGCCGAGGACAGACACGCGUACGUGUAUGAACUGGGCUCGAGCACGUUUUCUCACAGACUGGCCGGACACACGGACACCGUCGCUGGCGUGGCCUUCAGCCCGUCGGCCCCCCAGGACCCUCAGCUAAUGAAAGUGACUGAACCACAUUUCGUCUUCAAUUGCAGCUUGCCACCACCACCCUGGACGGCAAACUGCAGCUGUUUGUGGCCGAAUAACUCACCGCGGGCCGGUGCGCCGUGGGCGCGAGGGGGACGCGGCCAAGGCUGCUGGAUCCCGAGCCGCUGCCGCCCUGUGCCCCUCAUGCUGGCAAGGUCUCCUGCCCCAUGGGAUGGUCCCCCUUCCUGGAGACGGAGUUGGCCUCCAGCACUCGUGUGCAGAACGUGGUGAAGUUACAACAGGACGUUGUAACUUCAAUAAAAAGUACUUCAAUAAAAAGUAACCCAGUGUUUGUUUCCUCCCGGACUUUGUGGGGUGGGGGCGGGGGGUCCACGCUGGCAUGGUGGGCUCACAGCCUCCUGACGGCCUGCCCUGCUGCCGCCUGGGGAACGGGGCCUCUGCACACGGCCUGGCUUCUUGGCCCUUCCUCCCAGUUGAGCCAGGGCCCUGUUGGCACACGAGGACCUGCUCAAGACCUUGCCUUCAGUUCUGUCGAAUGAAUUCCCGGAGGUGCACUUGCUGGGUAACACGGCAGUGCUGUUGUCGAUGUUUGAGGAAGCUCCACAUUGAGGAAACCACAGCACCUGUGCCAUUGACCGUCCCUCCAGCGGGCACAGGAGCGUUUGCCUGUCGUUAACACCCCACUUCUUUGUAUAACUUUCGUAGCAAGCAUUAUUUGUCUUACAUGUUUGCAUUUUUAUAUGAAUUUUCUCCAAAUUAAGUCCUGAUUUCACUUAUAUAUGACUUGGAGAAAAAGAAACUUAAAAUUAUUGGAUGUCAGUAAUAAGAGCCAAAUAAUAUUUUAGAGAAAAACUAAUAUGUUAAAAAAAAACCCAAACAUUACCAAGCUUUACUAGGGAAAAUGCAGGACAGAAUCAGCUUGUAAAAGCCAUUGCUGAGGUGAGGGCCGUCCCGAGUGGCUGGCCCGGUGGCCGCCAGAGGCAGGGACGAGAGGGAGAGUGGACAACAGAGACCUGGGGCCGCCUCCGCCCCGACCCGGCCUGCGACAGGCGGUGGGUGUUGGUGCCAUGGGAGCUGACUCGCUGAAGGGAUGUGUUGUGUUGUGUUCUUUAUUGGCAUUAAUAGCAGUGUGUCUUCUCAAGCAGCAAGCAGGUGCACUAACGUGAGAUUGUUUGGUCCUUCCUCCUCCAUCGGAGAGCACUGGUAAAAUAACACAUUAUGUAGAGCUUCUCACUGAGGGGCGCCUGGGGGGCUCAGUCAGGUGAGCGCCCCACUUCGGCUCAGGUCGUGACCUCACGUUCGUGGAUUCAAGCCCCACGUUGGGCUCUUAGCUGACAGUUUGGAGCCUGGAGCCCGCUUCAGAUUCUGAGUCUCCCUCUCUCUCUACCCCUCCCCCACUCGCGCUCUGUCUCUCGCUUUCAAAAAUAAACAUUAAAAAAAUUUUAAAAAUAAAUAAAAUAACU